CUCUCAGAACCAGAUCUUAGUGUGGAAAUACCCGUCCUUGACACAAGUAGCCAAGUUAACGGGGCACUCGUACCGAGUUUUGUACCUGGCAAUGUCUCCUGAUGGGGAAGCAAUAGUGACCGGAGCAGGGGAUGAAACGCUAAGAUUCUGGAAUGUAUUCAGCAAAACACGAUCAACAAAGGAGCACCCAGAGGACCAGCUACAGUAUGUGGAAAAUCCUGCUAUUCCUUUCUGCUCUCAUUUCUCGAUGGCACUAUGGUUGCGGUCAGCUAGCGUCAGGAAGAGAAAGUGAUACCAUCAAUCAGAUCAAAGGCACCAAUCAGGCUCUGGCAGAGAUUAAAGAGCUGCUGAAGCAACAGCUGAAAGAAAUCGUGUUCCUGAAGAAUGCCGUGAUGGAGUGUGAGGCGUGUGGCAUGCGCAGCGACAGAGUGGAUCCCCCAGAGCCCCAGCCCUCCUGCCUGCCCAGUCCCUGCCACCCUGGGGUGACGUGUACGGAGACCGCGCGGGGCGUCAAGUGUGGGCCGUGUCCUGGAGGGACGACGGGGAACGGGACGCACUGCACGGACGUCGACGAGUGUGCUCAGGAGCCCUGCCACCCCGAGGUGCGCUGCAUCAACACCUUCCCCGGCUUCCGCUGCGACCCCUGCCCCGCCGGGUACUCCGGACCGACUCCGCAGGGCGUCGGCCUGUCCUACGCCAGGGCCAACAAACAGGUCUGCAGAGAUGUCAAUGAAUGCGGAGGCCCUGCCAACGGCGGCUGUGUGGCAAACUCCAUCUGCAUCAACACGCCGGGGUCAUUCCGGUGUGGGUCCUGCAAGCCUGGAUUCGUGGGUGACCAGCGGCGUGGCUGCCGGCCGGACGGGUCAUGUGGCAGCGGUCAGCCAAGCCCUUGUCACAGAAAUGCUGAGUGUGCCGUCCACCGGGAUGGGACUGCCACGUGUGCUUGUGGAGUUGGAUGGGCGGGCAAUGGGUACAUCUGUGGGCCUGACAUCGAUAUUGAUGGCUUUCCUGAUGAAACCCUGGAGUGCUCAGAACGAAACUGUCAAAAGGAUAACUGCCUGACAGUUCCCAAUUCUGGCCAAGAGGACGCAGACAGCGAUGGGAUGGGAGAUGCCUGUGAUGAAGAUGCAGAUGGUGAUGGCAUCUUAAAUACAGAGGAUAACUGUGUGCUGGUGCCCAACGUCAACCAGAGGAAUGCGGACCACGACGACUUUGGAGACGCCUGUGACAACUGCCGCCUCAUCAUCAACAACGACCAGAAAGACACGGAUGGGGACGGGAAAGGAGAUGCUUGUGAUGAUGACAUGGAUGGCGAUGGAAUCCGCAAUGCCCAGGACAACUGCCCCAGGGUGCCCAACACUGACCAGAGGGACAGGGACGGAGACAAUGUAGGGGACGCAUGUGACAGCUGCCCCUAUGUCAGAAACCCCGAUCAGAUGGACAUUGAUAACGACCUAAUAGGAGACCCUUGUGAUACAAACAAGGACAGCGAUGGAGACGGACACCAGGACUCGCGGGACAAUUGCCCGGCUGUCAUCAACAGUUCCCAGCUGGACACUGACCGGGACGGAGUGGGAGACGAGUGUGAUGACGAUGACGAUAAUGACAGCAUUCCUGACCUCCUCCCUCCAGGGCCGGACAACUGCCGGCUCAUCCCCAACCCGCUCCAGGAGGAUUCUGAUGGAGACGGAAUCGGGAACGCCUGCGAGCACGACUUUGACAACGACACGGUGAUCGACAUCAUCGACGUGUGCCCGGAGAACGCCGAGGUCACGCUGACCGAUUUCCGGGCCUACCAGACCGUGGUGCUGGACCCCGAGGGUGACGCCCAGAUCGACCCCAACUGGGUGGUCCUCAAUCAGGGGAGAGAAAUCGUUCAGACCAUGAACAGUGACCCUGGACUAGCUGUUGGCUACACUGCUUUCAAUGGCGUGGAUUUCGAAGGAACCUUCCAUGUGAACACGGUGACGGAUGACGACUACGCGGGAUUCAUAUUCGGGUACCAGGACAGCUCCAGCUUCUACGUGGUGAUGUGGAAGCAGGUGGAGCAGAUCUACUGGCAGGCCAACCCUUUCCGUGCUGUGGCCGAGCCGGGAAUUCAGCUUAAGGCGGUGAAGUCAAACACGGGCCCCGGCGAGAACCUGCGGAACGCGCUGUGGCACACGGGGCACACCGAGGGCCAGGCGAAACUGCUGUGGAAAGACGCCCGCAAUGUGGGCUGGAAGGACAAGACCUCGUACCGCUGGUUCCUGCAGCACAGGCCUCAGGACGGCUACAUCAGGGUGCGGUUUUACGAAGGCCCGGAGAUGGUCGCGGACACAGGGAUCAUCAUAGACACCACCAUGAGGGGCGGGCGGCUCGGCGUCUUCUGCUUUUCCCAGGAGAACAUCAUCUGGGCCAAUCUGCGCUACCGCUGCAACGAUACCCUCCCCGAGGACUUCGACCCAUACAGGACACAACAGAGCCAGUUCCCGAUCUAGCUGCAGGUCCACCUCGCUACCCAAAAGCAAAGAUAAAGGCAACACAUUUUCAUUCAUCCUUUAGUGAGCAAUGUUGCUUGUCUCCACUCCCCGUUUCCUGAAGGGAUUUGAACACACAGGGACAGUCAUCCGUUUCUCUCAUCAAGUCGAUACAUCAUAGCUUUUUAUGUAAAUUACUGGUAUGCAAUAAAAUGCAGGAAAGAAGUGGAGCAUUGUUCAUAGGUGGUGUGUGUGUGUCAAAAAAACAUUUCUCUGAGAAAGAUUUUGGAUGACUUAUUUCUUGGACCAAGUAGCAACAGGUCUGAAAACGUAUCAUACUGUAGUAAUCCUCUUGUUAUGUUACCUAGCUUGGGUGUUUAUUUCAAACUGCUUGUACUGUAUGUUGCUACAUUUGCCUGUAUUUGAACUGUCACUAUGUUUGAACCACAGUAUCAUGAAUAGUAUUCUUUUUAGUAUUUUUAUACUGUGUAACAAUUUAGCAGAGAACAGAGUCAUGGGCUAAAUCUUAAAAAAUCUUUUCUUUGGAAAAAUAGCAGAAAUGUUUAUUAAGUGGGACUUCUAAUAUAAAAAGCUGGACGUAUACUGUACAUCUCCUUCACUUAAUUAGUUCUUUCCAUUUUAUAUAUAUUCUAAGCAUCAAAACAAACCCCUCUAAACUAAGCAUGUAUGUUUUCAGAAAAUAAAAUAUAUAGAUGUUGCAUACUGAAUAAUGUUUUUUAGACCAGUGAUUAAUUGAUCGAUCAUGACUAAUCACGGUACACGGCUGACUUUUACUGUUCCAUUAAUCAUCUCAUUAAAAUUGAUUGGAUGCUGGUGAUCUUAAGCUGUGAUAUUUAUAAGACUGUAAAUCAAGAAUAAACAGAAAGAAUCAAUAUUUCCCAUUUAUCAAUGUAAUAACCCCUUCAUGCUAUUCUCAUCUGUAGAGCUAGCUAAAUCCUCUUCAUCAGUGAAUCCUGGUUUUGUGUGGACCACCUGACGCUGUCCUUGGGGAGGUACAAGCCUGGUAGUCUGUGCAGAAGUAUCCGGUCGCCACAGAAUUCCUCUUGUAGCAAAUAAAUAAUGCCAAACUGUAA